AAAUUAUGCGGGCGAUUAGAAGAGAAGGGUUUAACCAGAAGCUUUUCCACCUGCCCAAAACCCUCACUAGCCCUGUCAUUCCUACCUCCAAUCUCAUUAGAGUUCCGCCCCCCGCUUAUUCUACUAGCUCACCCAACAACGUGCCUUCCAAGCGCGUGGGCACACACAGCGGCAGCUUUCACUGCGACGAGGCUCUUGCCUGUUUCAUCAUUCGUCUCACUACUAAGUUCCACAACUCCGAGAUCGUCCGUGCAAGAGAACCCAAGGUAUUGGAGGGGCUUGAUGCUGUGGUUGAUGUUGGAGGCAUAUACGAUCCUGGUCGCGACCGGUUCGAUCAUCACCAGAAAGGAUUUGAGGAGGUUUUCGGUCAUGGAUUCCAUACAAAGCUUAGCAGUGCCGGGCUUGUUUAUAAGCAUUUCGGCAAAGAGAUAAUAGCUAAAGAGCUUCGACUCUGUGUAGACCACCCGAAUGUGCAUAGAUUGUUUCUGGCCAUUUACAAAAACUUCAUGGAGGCAAUUGACGCGAUUGACAAUGGAAUCAACCAGUUUGAUACCGAUAAGCCUCCAAGAUAUGUGAACAAUACCGACUUAUCCUCUAGCGUUGGAAGGUUAAAUUUAGACUGGAUGGAUCCGGAUCGAUCGCCUGAGAAAGAGAAUGAGGCUUUCCAGCGAGCAAUGACACUAGCUGGUAGUGAGUUCUUAGAGAGUAUCCGGUUUCAUGCAAAAUCAUGGUUACCAGCAAGGUCAAUUGUGAUGGAGUGCAUUGCAGAGAGAUAUGAUGUAGACCCUAGCGGCGAAAUUAUGGUUUUGAAAAGGUUUGCCCCGUGGAAGCUUCACAUAUUCGAGCUCGAGGAGGAGAUGAAGGUUGAGCCUCCUAUUAAGUAUAUUCUUUAUGAGGAUGAUAGGGGCAAACGAUGGCGAGUACAGGCAGUAGCAGUAUCUCCUGAUAGAUUUGAUAGCCGAAAGCCCCUCCCAGCUCGAUGGCGAGGUUUGACAGACAAUGAACUCUCGAAGGAGGCAGGAAUUCCGGGCUGUAUUUUCGUCCACAGCAGCGGGUUUACCGGCGGAAAUCAUACAUAUGAGGGUGCUCUGACGAUGGCAAGAACUGCUCUGAAAGAUGUAAAUAAAAUCUUGGGAGAUGGAUUUUAGAUUUCAUUAACUGUGUUUCACUCAG